AUGAUUCAGAGGUAUGUACUGUUGUUCCUCUGUGAAGUUACUGUUUCUUCUGGUUUUACAGACAGGGUGUUUUUGAGAUACACGAGUGAUCUGCAAGCAUACUUAUGGUUUGUGUUUGUGCUUUCAGAGCUGGAGGACCUGUUGAUGUCCCUCAAGCAGGUGCAGCAUAGUUUGAAUGACUCUCAGAGUCAAGAGGACAUAGAGCUGGUUCUACAGCUGGUCCAGAAGUCAGACUUCCAGAAAGCCUUCAACAUUCACAACGCCGUGGCCCACUAUAUGAACCGGCCCAGCCCUCCCUAUCCCCUGACAGACCACACACAGAGCCUCGCACAAGAGGUGGAGGUCAUGAUGCACAACAGCUCGCAGAAGGAAGGACUUGAGCUAAGCACCCUGCUCAAAACUCCUCACAUGCAGGCACUUAUGAUGGCCCAUGACAGUGUGGCUGAACAGGAGAUGCAGCUGGAGCCUCUUGUUCCUUCUGUCAAUCAAAGUGAGACUCUCACCCAGUGGGGCGGGGAGACUGUCAAAUUCGUGCGGCUUGAGAAAGCAAAGGACAUUCCAUUGGGAGCGACUGUUAGAAACGAUAUGGAUAGUGUGGUCAUCAGCCGCAUUGUGAAAGGAGGAGCGGCAGAACACAGUGGCCUCCUGCAUGAAGGAGAUGAGAUCUUGGAGAUCAACGGUGUGGAAAUCCGUGGCAAAGAUGUCAACGAGGUCUUCGACAUCCUGGCAGACAUGCAUGGCGUACUGACUUUUGUUCUCAUUCCCAACGCGCAGACCAAACCACCUCCUGUUAAAGAGACUGUGAUGCAUGUGAAGGCACAUUUUGACUACGACCCCUCAGAUGACCCCUACGUUCCGUGUCGAGAGCUCGGCCUGUGCUUUCAGAAGGGAGAUAUCCUCCACAUAAUCAGUCAAGAUGACCCUAACUGGUGGCAAGCCUACAGAGAUGGGGAUGAAGACAACCAGCCACUUGCUGGCCUGGUCCCUGGCAAAAAUUUCCAGCAGCAGAGAGAGGCAAUGAAACAAACCAUAGAGGAGGAUAAAGAGCCUGAGAAAUCAGGAAAACUUUGGUGUGCUAAAAAAAACAAGAAGAAGCGAAAGAAGAUGCAAUACAAUGCUAAUAAAAAUGAUGACUUUGAUAACGAGGAGAUUCUCACAUAUGAAGAAAUGGCACUAUAUCACCAGCCAGCCAAUCGCAAGCGGCCCAUUGCUCUCAUCGGCCCACCAAACUGUGGUCAAAAUGAGCUCCGACAAAGACUCCUCUCCAGUGAGCCGGACAGGUUUGCUGGUGCUGUUCCUUACACCACGCGAAGCCGUCGCGAUGUCGAGGUGAAUGGCCGCGAUUAUCACUUCGUGUCCCGUCAGGCCUUUGAGAUGGACUCUGCGGCAGGGAAGUUCAUAGAGUCUGGAGAGUUUGAAAAGAACCUCUACGGCACCAGCACAGACUCAGUCCGACAAGUCAUCAACACGGGCAAAAUCUGCCUCCUCUGUGUACACACUCAGUCUUUGAAGGUAUUGCGCAGCUCAGACCUCAAGCCCUACAUUAUCUUCAUUGCUCCUCCAUCCCAGGAGCGAUUGAGAGCCCUCUUAGCAAAAGACAACAAAAACCCAAAGCCCGAGGAGCUGAGAGACAUCAUCGAGAAGGCCCGUGAGAUGGAACAGAACUACGGCCAUUUGUUUGACGCCGCCAUCGUGAACACCGACCUGGACAAGGCCUACCAGGAGCUGCUGCGUCUCAUCAAUAAAUUAGACACUGAACCUCAGUGGGUCCCCUCAUCCUGGCUACGCUGAGAUAAAGCCCACUCACAGUGGCCCCUCCACAGACGGGUGUAAAUGAAGAGC